AGAUUUAGUCGGGAGAAGACUAUGGCGGAGACGACCCUCAACACACUAAAACUGAAGCUCGAUCCCAGCAGUGAAUUGGACCAAGGUAUAAAAAUAUUGUUGAACAGAUCUGAAGAUUUGUCUUUGGAUGGAACUGAGAGUGUUAAUAGAAUUAUCCGCCAAUUACAUGUUGAAGAUUUUCAGCAACUGAUACAUCUGCAUCUCCAAAACAAUGUUGAGUUCACCCAUAUCAUCAAUAGGAAGGUUGUGUUCCCCAAUUUAACAACCUUGAGCGUAAGUAGCUGUGAUCAUCUAAGAUUCUUGUUCUCAUUUUCUAUGGCUAAAAGUCUGGUGGAGCUCAAGCAUCUUGAAAUAUCCACAUGUCACUCCAUAGAAGAAAUUGUAUCAACAGGGGAAUGUGGUGAAGAAAAUAUGGAUAACAUGUUUAAUAAGCUGGAAGAUUUGAAGCUCUGUGAUCUUCCAAAUCUCGCUAGGUUCUGCACAGCAAGUUAUAUUGAAUUUCAGGCCUUGAAGAAUUUGGAAAUAGUGAAAUGUUCUAAUAUGGGGGCAUUUAUUACAUGCAAAGAAAUUGAACAGUGGGAUGCGGAAGAGAACCUUGAUCUAAAGAGUGAAACUGUUGUACGGUACUGCCUCUUUAACGAAAAGGUAGGAUUUCCUGGCUUGGAGAGACUGAAAAUCAAUCAGGCAAGGAAGUUAGAGACAAUAUGGCACAUCCAACUUUCUGGGAGAGACUCGUUUCACAGACUCAGACAAGUUGAGGUUUCCGAGUGCUACAAUCUAAUAAAUAUUUUUCCACCUAGUGAAGUGAUUGGGGGUUCUUCCGAAGAAAUAUGUGUGAUUGGGGACCCGCUCUUUCUAAACUUGGAAAUUCUUGAGGUGGAGCGGUGUUCCAGGUUAAAGAAUCUAGAGUCAUCCUCAGUAUCUUUCAGGAAUAUAAAAACUUUGAAAGUAAUUGGUUGCGAGGGAUUGGAAUAUCUAAUGACAUAUUCAGUGGCUAAAAAGUUCGUGCAACUCGCAACAAUGGAAGUGAGGAGUUGUGAAAGAAUUGUAGUAAUAGUGGGAAGUAACAUAGUUGGAGAUGAUGCAGCACCAAAUGAGAUUACUUUCAGCCGCUUGGAACAGUUAAAACUUUCAGAUCUACCAAGUCUACGAGGAUUUUGCUCUUCCAGAAAUUGCAUUGUCAAAGUCCCAUCCUCGAGGACCUUAAUGGUAGAACUCUGCCCAAUCAAGUUGACGAUUUCCCCUGAUGGGCUCCUCGUGCAGGAGGCAGUAUCUGAUAUAGAACAGAGUUAUAAUCAGUUGAAUGAUAAGGAACUUAAGCCAUUGUUCUUGCUAUGUGGGAUUACUAUGAGGGGAAAAUAUAUUAGCUUCGAAGACUUGUUGAGGUAUGGUAUGGGUUUGGGUUUCUUUGGAAAAGACUUCAAAGUGGAAAAAGCAAGAGAUGUGUUGCAUUCACGGAUCAAAAAGCUUAAAGAUUUUUGUCUACUGACUGAUAGCAGCGAUAAUAGAUAUGUAAGAAUGCUUGACCGUGUACGUGAUGUUGCGAAGCAGAUUGCGUUAAGAGAUCAACACAUCUUAUCAUUAGCGGAAGACGGUCACCUCCAUGAGUUGAAAGAAUGGACAGAUCAGUAUUUCUUAGAGAAGUGCACAAUCAUGUCUUUCCCCUCUAGCAACAAUAUCCCAAGUCUUCCUGAAGUUAUGCACUGCCCAGCUCUGAAAAUGUUUCUUUUGCAAGGUGAUCUAGAUGAUGGCUUGCAGAAAAUCCCACCUAGAUUUUUUGAAAAGAUGAACAACCUCAAAGUCUUGAGUUUGCGAUGUAUGACUAUUCCAUCACUUCCUCCAUCUUUUCAGUCCCUGAAAAAUCUGGAUGCCCUAUGUUUAGAUAAGUGCAUAUUGGGAGACGUCGCUUUAAUUGGGGAGCUAAGUAACUUGGAAAUUCUUUCUUUUUCAGAAUCCAAUAUCAAACAAUUGCCUGGAGAAGUAGGGAAAUUGACUCAUCUUAGGUUGUUGGAUUUAUCUGAUUGCUCUAAUCUUGAAGUGAUUUCACCUGGUGUUAUUUCAAGCUUAGGGAGACUGGAAGAGUUGAGAAUGAGAAAUAGCUUUAACAAGUGGGAGGUUGAAGGUGAAAGAAGUAAUGCAAACCUUUCAGAGCUGAAGCAUUUGUCUCAGCUAUCUGCAUUAGAAGUACAUAUUCCUAAUGCUGACAUUCUUCCAGCAAACUUGUUCUCCCACAAGUUAGAAAGAUUCAAUAUAAUUAUUGGGGAUGCAUAUAUGUGGGAGAAACGUAUGACUGAGACGACCCUCAACGCACUAAAAGUGAAGCUCACUACUGCUAGCAUUGAAGAAUUGGAUGAAGGCCUAAAAUUUCUUGUGAAAAGAACAGAAGACUUGUCCUUAUAUGCGGAGGGAAUGAAUACCAUUGUCCAUUCACUGAACACAGAAGAUUUUGGGCAUCUGAAACAUCUGCAACUCCAAAGCAACAGUGAUUUUAAUCAUAUUAUAAACAAGGAGGUUUUAUUCCCUAAUUUAAGGACCUUGAGAGUACAUAGAUGUGAUCGCCCAAGCUUUUUGUUCUCAUUUUCUAUGCCUGAAAGUCUUGCGGAACUCAAGCAUCUCGAGAUAUCCACAUGUGAAAUUAUGGAAGAGCGUCUAUCAUCAACAAGAUAAUACGGCCAAGAAAUUAUGGAUUACAUGUUUUAUAAGCG